AAGCGUGAUUAGCAGGGAGUGUGUGACUGCGCAUGCGUCGUGCCGCAGACCGUGAGCCCGGCGUGAAUUGAGGAGGAAACGUAGCUCGUUCGGCCUCUCACUGCUUCUGUCCCUGACAGAGGACGAGCGAACCAGCGUCCACCUGCCGUAUUCUCUCAUCGGCAAGACGGGAAACCAUACAGAACCGUGUGGUCGUGUGUUUUUGGAGUGUUUCAAUACAAAGCCUCCAUGGAGUCGGAUGGGAGGAGAGAGCAGCUGAAAACGAACCUCAAAAACUGAGACGGUCUACACAAGGAUCCGAGCUGUCCCACUAUGGAGCUCAGCAGACUGGCGACGUUCUGGAUUGUAUGUAUAUGCUUCUUGUUGGAAUGUCGAGCAGACAAACCCAAUCAAGUAAGCCCAGACCCCUUACCAGCGGACAACGGUGUCUCCGAGCUUUGCCGCAUUGAUGAGCUUCUUUGCCAGGACGAGAUCGCCAUCCUCAGUUUUGAGGCCAUCCGCAGCAUUCACAAGCAAAUGGAUGACGAUGCCAAUGGGAAUGUGGAUGUUUCGGAGACUGAUGGGUUUUUAAGAGAGGACCUCAACUACCAUGACCCCAAAGCCAAGCACAACAGUUUCCACGGUGACGACCAGCUCAUCAGCGUGGAGGACCUGUGGAACGCCUGGAAGAGUUCGGAAGUGUACAACUGGACAGUGGAUCAAGUUGUGAACUGGAUUAGCAACUAUGUCGAGUUGCCACAAUACGCGGAAGCCUUCCGGAAGAUGAAUUUCAAUGGUACCGCCAUGCCCCGAUUGGCAGUGAAGAAUGUCACUCUGACACAAACCGUCCUGAAGAUUCUGGACCGGAGUCACGUUCAGAAACUACAGCUUAAAGCUCUGGAUACGGUUCUGUUCGGAGCCCCUAUGAUGAACAGACAUAACCAUCUGAAGGACUUCAUGCUGGUGGUGUCCAUAGUCAUCGGAAUGGGAGGUUGCUGGUUCGCUUACAUCCAAAACCGCCACUCUAAAGACCACAUGAAGAAGAUGAUGAAAGACCUUGAGAGCCUCCAUCGGGCAGAACAAAGCCUUCAUGACCUACAGCAGAAGUUACAGAUUGCUCAGGAGGAGCACCGUUCAGUGGAGGUAGAGAAGGUGAACCUGGAGCAGAAGAUGAGGGAUGAGAUCAACGCUGCCAAACAGGAGGCGCAGAGGCUAAAGGAGCUCCGGGAGGGAACUGUUAAUGAGCUGAGCCGACAGAAAUACGCAGAGGAGGAGCUGGAGCAGGUGCGCAUGGCCCUGAAGAAGGCUGAGAAGGAGCUGGAGUCUCGCAGCAGCUGGUCUCCUCCUGGAGCCCUGCAGAAAUGGCUACAGCUCACUCAUGAGGUGGAGGUGCAGUACUACAACAUCAAGAAACAGAAUGCAGAGAGACAGCUGCAGGUGGCCAAAGAGGGGGCAGAAAAGAUUAAGAAGAAGAGAAAUACUUUAUUCGGGACGUUCCAUGUGGCACACAGUUCUUCACUGGAUGAUGUCGAUCACAAAAUACUUGCAGCCAAGCAAGCUCUGGGUGAGGUAACGGCAGCUCUGAGAGAGAGACUCCAUCGCUGGCAGCAGAUUGAGAUCUUAACAGGCUUCACGCUGGUAAAUAACCCAGGCCUGCCCUCUCUGGCCUCCGCCCUCAACCUGGACCCCAGCUUCAUGGGCGGCCGCAGCACACCCCAGCACUUCUUGUCUGACGACAUGGAUGACAUGGACGAGGACAUAGUGGCACCUGGAACCCUCCAAUAUGCAGCGUUGCUAAUGGGUCGUCGAGCAAGUGAUCUCUGGUCUUUGAAUUCGGAUUGCCAGUCAUUUUGGAAGUAUUCUGCUCCCAGUAUGAUGUCACUCCGGCAACGCCACAUUGACCCGCAGCUGGCCCUGGGUUCGCAGAGGUUGGUAGAGAGUUGUCUUGCACUUUGUGGGCAGGAAGGGGAGGGUAGCUCAUACUCGUCCAGAUCUAGGACGGCGCUACGCCAGUCGCACAGCCACUCUUACGGGCAGUUUGACUCUAUGGGACUGCCUCCGCUUUCCUCAGCUAUGUCUCAUCCCUCUAUCUACUCCGCCGCCUCAUCUCAUGGUCCCCACUCCUCUUCCGGCGCCACUGCCCCUCAUGCAUCCCACUAUCACUCUUCAUAUUUCCAGCCCAUGGACACCAUCCCAGACCUCCCCUAUGAUGCCAGCCCAGAGCGCCCCCACCGUUGCGGUAGCUAUGGGGACUUGAAUCGCUCCGACUCUGAUUCCUCUUUGUGUAUAUCCCAGACCGGCGAACAGCUACGCUUGUCCUACAGUUCCAAAAGCUUCCCUGUGAAGCCCACUUCACUCCUGCAUGGCCCCUACUCGCGCUCUGAAGAGGGAGCCCACUCUCACACCCAUAAUGGAGGCAACAGAGUUCAUGAUGGGGGCCCAUCUCCUGACGGAAUUCCCGAUAGUCCCAUAUUAAUGAAGAAGGUGUAUGGCAUUGAGAAAUCUGCCAGUAUGAGUGAGAUCCUUGUCUCUCAGGCAGUGAUGUCUAUGUCAGAAUCCUCACGCUCCUUAAGCCCAAACUCCACUGAACCCGACACGCCGUCCCCCACUGGACUGGCUGGAAACCGCAUACCCCAGACCUCCUCGAAAAAGAGCCCCCCAGAGGAGGACAGCGGCUCUACAGGUGAAGACACUGACUCUGUUGCCAGUCGCAAGAAACACACCUUCAAGAUCUUCAAAAAACAGAAGAAAUAAGACAACUGUUUCAUUUUUCCCUUACAUUUCUUUUUGUCUUAUUGUUGAUAUAAAUGUUUUGAUUUAUUUCCCCCCCUUCUGGUGAGAAGUUAUGGCACAACCAAAUACCUUUCCAAGGUCUUUAUAGUAAUGUUUGCUUUUCAGAGGAACACUUAGGAACAAGCAUGAUUUUGGGGGUGGGUGGGAAUGAAACACCAGUGGAAACGGGGUUUUUUGGGAAUGUAACUAUUUAUUCAGCAGGAGACAGUGCCAGACUUUCAAAGGAAUCUUCCCUCUGAUGGAAUUUUCUUUCCUUGUAUAAUCCUUAUCAGUUUGCAUGUCUUCGCCUUUGUUUGAUUGAACUUUGAAUGCUCCUAGAUGUUUGCUUGGUUCUUGUUCUCUUUUGCUUACAACGCAAAAUAGCCUGGUUCUUUCGUUUUAAUCAGCACACUCCUUUGUCUUUCGAGUUAAAAUGAAUUGUCAGCUGAAUGUCUAACGGUACUCUUUGGUCAGUGUUUGUCGAUGGUCAGAGAAACUGUACAAGGGCUGAACUAGUGUGAAACUCCCUUCAAAUAUUUUGCACUAUUUCUAAAUGUUAAUUUGUCGGUUUUGUUAAGAUAAUUUAGAAUAUGCUGGAACACGCACUAAAAGUUUACACAAAUCAAGACACUGAACGUAUCUCCAGGGCUUCAGGGAUUUCUGGGAUGUAGAAUAAUUAAGCGAUUAGAACUUUUGAUCUCUGUCGAUCAUUCCAAAGCAUUUAGCAAAUAUAAGGUGGCUUAUGAAUACGCAUAUGAAUGUUUUUGAGUUUUACAAUUAACUUUGCCCUUGUCUUCUGGCUGUUUCUGAUGACAUCUUCCAAGAUCCCAAGAAAACACAAGGUGAACGCACACCUCACUUAUUCAAAGUAUUCAAAGUGCCAAACUAAAGCCACUAUCAAGGAAAUUUACACACUUCCCAAAGGUCAGAUUUCAGUUUUCUUAGGUCAGAGCUUAAAUAGGCUUGCAAUAAGGUGCAUAUUAUCCACAUUGUGGCGGGAUGUUUGAGAGAGAGCUUGGAUAUAUUUUGUUCCUGUUGAUAAAGAAUCUUUGUAUUAGGUCUUUUAUAACAUUUUAAAGCAGGCUGGACCACACGCAGUUGCUGUUAUAAUGGAGGACUUGCCUUCAAGUAGUGAGAUGUUCGGGGAGAUGGAUUUUACCACUGUGCAUUUUCAGAAGAAGUGGAGACCACUCUCUGUUCUUCUUGUGGUUUACAUGAUGUUCACUAAGAUAAACAUUGUUUUUAUCGCAGAGCACUGAAAAUUACAAGCACACUUUCUGAAAAGAGAGGGGUUUAGGAAUAAAAAUACUUGGUGAGGGAUGUCACUAUGCAUUUUAUUAGUUUUCACCCACAUGCUUUUAAGGUCCAAUGUAUCCACUAACCUGGAGGCAAACCAAAGCAGUGCUGCACAAAACAUCACCUGUUUCUUCUUCGGCAUUUCUUUUGUGAAAGAUGGUACAAGACCACAUUCAAAUGUAUAUCAAUCAAUCAGUCUUUAACAGGUAUAAAACCAUGCAGAUGUAUCUGUCUCAUCUGUGCCUCUUUUGCACGAAGAAGCUCUUUUGUCAGUGAGUAUGUCAGUGCGCGCGUCAGUCCGGUCCAGUAAACUGCACUUCACUGUGUUAAUGCAUGUUCUCAACGCCAGUUCUCAAACACGGAGAGGGAAGAGACGGGAGCUGUUUUAGACUUUGUUCCCAUUUAGAUAUUCCUGUUCACUUCUCUAUUUGAGCUAUUUAUGCCUAUACUGUACAGAGAGAGGUGGAGAAACAGUAAAAAUGAUACUUUUGCAUCUUCUGUAAUGUUCAAAACUGUAGUCUUCAAAUUUUAUGGCACUCCUGCAUGUAAGCAAUAAAAAGGUUUUAAAAUGA